CAAAACCAAGUACCACACACAUUUUUUCUAUUUUUUAAUUUUUAUUUAUUCAUUUGUGUUUUUCACUUGAACACCUGUUCCCUUGAAGCUGCAACGAGCUAUUGUUUAGUGAAUCGGCUGUGUUAGACGAACAACCUAAAACUUCAAUGGGUUACAUUCAAGACGCACGCGAGAAUCACGUCAAGAAGAAAGUGGAAGAAGCUUUGCGCAGCAAAAUGAAGCAGAAGGCACUGAAAGAGUGUGAUCAUUACACAGCGAAAUAUGCUGAAUGCGCUUCGGGGAGAACAUUUUCAGUUGUUUGGCAAUGUCGCCGACAAGCUAAAGAAUUGAAUGAUUGUCUGCAUCAAUUCACCAAUGAUUCUGUUUUGGAGGAAAUGAAGAAAGAAUACAUGCUAAAACACAGUGGAGAGGGCUCUGCUAGAAUCUAGACUAAAUUUCAGUCCGAAGUGUAUGCAAGAAACGGUUUUUCAGUAUACUCCGA